ACUUAUUUGAAUAAAAGGGUAUGCAUCGCUUUACAGUCGGUCUACCGAAUUAGUUGGAGGAUGAAUGUUCUGAAGACUCUAUAUUGGUGUGCUGGUAAAGAUGGGGAUAAACCAUGUGAUUCGCCUGUUGAACUUCAACACGGUAGUGGUGUUCCUGAUCUGUCUAUCGUGACGACUGAAGCAGACUGUUAUGCUCUUAAGUGUGAUUUGGUUGAUUUGCUGUCGACAUUACUUGUUGAUGAAUUUGAUCCUGCAAACAGAAAGCUGUUGGGUGUACUGAUUGACAAAUGCGUUGAGAAGGAUCCCGAAUUCAUACUCAAGAUCGCUCUUCAUUUCCAUAAACUGUUGGAUAUUCGAAAGACGGCCAAUUUGUUAAUUUCGAUAGCUUGCUUUUAUGUUCAGUGCCGCGUUUUCAUAAAGAAGUAUUUUAAUGCAUGCAUUUGUACACCCUUCGAUUGGAUAGAAGUUGCAGAGUGCUAUGCAUCGUUGAGCGGUGAUCCGAAACUUAGAGGAAUGCCAAAAGCAUUAAGGAAGUGUAUGGUCUCAAAGUUUUGUGAAUUUGAUCAGAAUCAGUUAGCUCAAUGCAAGCGAAGGCUGAGUAGCGCCUGUUUUUAUCGGUGUAAGGUCAGUGGACGAGGUGCAGGUGAUGCCGCAGUGGAUGCCGUAACAGACACUUUACAAUCAAGGCUAGUGGAUCCUUCUCCGAUUCCUUUUACAUUGAAAGAACUCGUUCGUAAGUUGCACAUAUCGAAGCCUGCAUUAAACGUCAUGUGUAUUCUUGGAAAAUUGUAUCCCAGUGAUGUUACUGCCUUUUCAAAAACGGGGUUAGAAGGGGAUUGGGAUGCUAGUAAAGCUGGUGCGUGCAUGAAACUCCCCGUUCACCCAAAAUGGAAAGUAGAGUUAGCUUCUGGCAAAAGUCGUGAUGCUUGGAUAAAGAUUAUAAUGUCUGGUGAUCUUUGUCAUGAAUUAAUUCUGAGAAAUCUAAAAAGUAUCCUAUGCUCACGCAUUUCUCAAACUGGACAUAAUAUUGUUUUACAGAGAUUGUCAGAUGCGGAAUUGGUCAUUGAAGGAAAACAGUUACCAUUUGUUUACCUUACAGCGUAUAUCACCGUUGAGAAACUUCAUGAUAUGCUGUCUAUGACUGCAAAUCGUAAACGUUUAAAAGACAUGCGUUUACAAGAAAGCAACAAAAUUCGAUCGAAGUACCUAUAUAGAUCCAGGAGUUCUAGAGUAAGAUCUUUGAACAUUAAUAAGGGGCUAUUGAACAAAUACCUAUUGGCUUUAACUAAAGCUAUGAGCUUGUCAACUCGUUACAAUUUGUCUCCUAUACGUUGUUCAGUUUUGGUUAUUUGUUCUUUAUGCUCAGGAUUUGAGCUUCAAAAAAUUAGGAGAUCUACUAGAGUGAAAGCUAUCAUAAAUGUGUUAAGCUUUAUUUAUGGUGCAAUAUGUAAUGCUAUAUGUGAGAAUGCAGUCGUUUAUUUUGUAGUGGAUAACGACUACAAUGUCGCUUCCAUAAAUAGAAUGCUAUUACUAUUAUAUAGUUCACUGUGGCACACAGAGGAAAAUAAAAAGGACACAUCAUUGUUUCGAUCACCCAACCCACCAUUAAUGGAUAAAAUAAAACUGAUUUACAAAAAUCGUAAAUUGUGGGAAAGUUACUCCUUAUCACUAACACUGGAUAGGUUUAGUGCAUUUCGCAGAAAGUUUGAUAAGGUCAUUGUAUUUGGAGAUUGCCCUGAUAGUAUUGCAAAAUAUGUUGUGAAUUACCGAGCAAACAUUGGUCCUAUCAAGGCUAUUUGGAACAAUCUUAGUGGGAACGAUAAAUGGUGCACUUCAUUCCCAAUGACGGGAUGGAUUGAAUCGAAAGGAUUAGUAGAUAAUAUUUUCAAAUAUUUAUCGUUACCGGAUGACAAAUGUUUAGUAGAACAAAUCGAUAAAAUUGAUGAAACUUACAAACUGAAUUCCAUGUUUGACCUACCUCUUCAAAUGAACCUAUCAAGUGAACAACAAGGUCACAAUAAACUUUCUCAAAUAAAAUCAUCUCAAGAGAGUUUCUGCCGCGUGUAUAUAUCAUCAUCUUACAUUGACAUGCAUGCGGAACAUGAUCUGAUUUACCAUACUUUAGUGCCAAAUUUGUGUCAAAAUGUUGCACAAACGUGCAGUACUUGCCUUGAUCUAGUUGAUCUACGUAUUGGUGUUCCUCAAUCAAUCACCUGUAGUCUCAUAGCUUUGGAAAUGUAUUUGAAACAAGCAGCAGCCUCUGAUAUAUUUAUCUUGUUAUUGGGUGAUAAAUAUGGUUGGGUUCCUGAUGAAUCGUUAGUUAGAGCAUUGCCUGAUUCACUUCUAGCUGAAGUCAAUAAAUUUUACAAGCCUGGAAUGUCUGUCACAGAAAUGGAAUAUCAUAUGGUGAAACUAGCUGCCGUAAAUAAAUUGUCCAGAUCAAGUUUCAACAUGUUUCCUUCUACAGUGUUCGUAUUCAUUCGAGAUUUUAAUACAAGGUUUGUUUCCUUAUUUCGAAAAGUGUCGUUUUCAAUUGUUAUUUGUGAUACUUUGCCGAAUCUGUUUUAUAUUUAUAAAUGUAUCAUCAUAGUUAGUUGGUUGUCAUCUCAAAUUGUGAUCAGUCGAGUGAAUGUUGUGUAUUGAAAAUUGCUGUACUUAAAGUAUAUUUUCUUAAUUAAAUCCAUUCAUUUAAUCUAAAUUAUUGAGUCAGAUUCUUUUGUAGUGUUAGUCUCCAGAUUUGUGAUUCCGAACACCAUUUCUUAAUGACAGAAGAUUGAUUGUUUAUCGUAAUUAAAACUUUUGGUUAUAAGAUUAUUGUUCUUAACAAAUUAAUAUCACCAUUGGUAAAGUUAUUGCCUUUUGCUCUAAGUAGUUGAUUAUUAAUUGAGCGUUUCCAGAUGCGCUUACCCUCUGUAUUGGAUCCCGUCUAUACUCUAACAAUAUGAGUUCGAUUUAUGGGUUAGGACAUAGAUGUGUACACGUGAUUAGUGAACUGAAUAUUUUUGAUUGAAAGAAAGAUGUCAAAAUCAUUUUUGACGUUGAUAUUGGGUUGAAAAUACUCAGCAUACAACUACAAUAAUCAAAAUGAAUCACAGUAAUUAUUUUGCAGCUAACAUCAACAUUUUUCACUAUGUAUUUUUAGCGCCAGCAUACAAUACUUCAGGGUUGUCUAUGAUAGAGUGUUUCCUACUUUCAUACACAUCAUUUACUUUGAAAUGGGAUGUCUUUCAGUGAGGACAACUGUGUUACAGUUGACCAUCGUUCCUCUGAGACUAGUUAAACUAUCAAAGAAAGUCAAUUCAUCGACUUCCUCAAUUAAUUCACUUCAUAUUGUUAAGUGAAAAGCAUUGCAAAAAUUUAUCAUCUUAACCCAAUGUACUCAGAAGAGUUUAGAUUUGUCAGCGACUGUAUAUUGCUUGCUUGCUACAAUCCUAUUGGAGAAUGUCGAUAGCUAGAAAAAGUUUACUUACAAAACGAUUUUUGAGAAACUGAACUAAAAUAAAGAAAUAAAACAAAUUUGCUUAACAACACUUGAUGUGUGUACUUCGCGUGACAAUUCAUUGCAAGCUGUGAUCAUACCACAAUUUUUUGAGUGAGGACUUUUCGAUAUGGUGAUAUACUCGUUUGUUUUACAUAUUUCAGCAAAAUACUGUCACGAUACCUCUCAGGUAGAUUUAAAUAUCACUACAUCUACUUUCAAUUUUUAAGAACGUAGCUAAAGUGAAUCAUGGAAAAACACGUUUCGUCGUAAAACCAGAUUAGGAAGUCUUUCAUUUGUAUUUUCCAUGUUAGUCUGUUGACAUGUUACUUAGAGUGCAGAAAACGUGUCUCAUACCUACUGAGUGUGCUUGAAAAGACUAUAUUUCAGUUGUAAUUUAUCAUUACUUACAUACUUUUGUAAAAGGUUGUCCCCCUUGAAAAAUCUUUAUAAAGAAAAGGUUUCUGAAGAGAACUGGUUUUGUUGUUGUAGUAAGUCACUACGCUUGUUCUGUCAGUGUGAUAUUGUGAAAACUAUCGAAAUAUAAGAAUUUAAUGUUCAUUUCCUUUGAAAAAUCCACUCAUUUUAUAUAUUCUGUUGUAUUUCCUCUUUUGUUGUAUAUAUAAUACCACUUGGAGUAUCUAAUAAAUCUAUACUGUACCUCUUUGUUAACUACGAAAUUUUGAUCCUUUUCUGUCAUUUCUUUUGAUAUACAUAGUUAGCCUACUUUCUCUAUUAUUCAUAAUGCAUCGAAAAAUCAGUUUUGGUUAAUCCUGUUAGGGUGAUUUUAAAGGGUCUAUGCCAUCAGAAGUAUUAUCAAAAUCUAACAUUGUAUUCUUUUUACUAAAAAACAUUAGUGACAUACCGAAUGAAUAUGGACAAAUAUUUCGUGAUCACGAUCCAGUCAAUCUUCAACACCUCGAUGCGUUCAAACAACUCUUACUGAAUGAUGGAGUUUCUAUCCUCAGGUAUUCUAGUUUAAUUCAGUGUGCUAUUUGAUUAUUUUUGGUAUAGCUCAAAAUAUAUGUUUCAACUCAUUUUUUUCAGGCAAUCACUUUCUGCUGGAAUAUACUCUUUGUAGAUCAUCUGAUUAGGCUUGUGAAAUUAGUGUAGCUCCUGUUGACACCGCAUUGUCCAAAAUAGAUAAAUUGAUCAUAAUGCUUUGAUAUUUUCGAAUAUUCUGUUUUCUGGAGAUUCUUGAUAGAUCCCAGUGACUAUUUUUAUCAGUUUUUGUGAAUACUCUGCGUAAGCACAAAUCCUUCACAUUGACGAUAGUCUAUAGAAACUCAUUUUUCAUCCUUCAUUAUUAUGAAUAGAAUUGUAAUGAAUGUCACUCUUUAAAGUUUUAACGGAAGAUGGGGUUUUUUCAAUAGCACAAUUUUUUAAAGCUUUUUAAAGAACCUGUAUGAUUGUUCAUUGAAUAGCACAACUGUCCUGGUUCAAUUUCACCAAGUACUUCCAAUUAUCAAAUGAACAAUAGAUUAGAAUGAUAUGAAAAAUAGUACUACCUGUUACAUAGAAUAUCUCAUACUCCAAUGAUGAACAAUGUGUUUUAUAAUCCAUUUGAUAGUUUGCUUUCUAUGAGGCGUGUUUUGGUUUGUAAAUAUUAUCAAAUAAAUUCUUGUUGCAAUUUCAGUUAUUCUGCUCGAUUCAUUGGUGUAAUUGAUGACCGUCCGAUGAUGGGAAAUCUAGAUAACUUUGCAAAUCAAUUUAUAUCAACACUAGAAUCAACGCUUAAGAGAUUAUAUUACAACCCUGUAAGUGUGUUUUUUGGCACUUACUCGCUGAUCAUAUUUCUCCACUCUCUUUAUAUCUGUCAUAAAUUGUUGUUUUACGUCUAAAAGUGAUUACACGUGGACGAUUUUGUGCAUAUAAUGUAGGUACUUUGAUAUCAGAAGUUAGCUCUUAUCUAUCCUACCAUUUUUGAAUUAUGCUGAUAAAUGUCUUUCAUUUAUUGGUAAAUCUAGUCCUUACUCAUUUACUUACUUACGCUUGUUACCGCUGGUGGAGGAGCAUAGGCCAUCCACCAGCAUUCUCCAUCGAACUCUGUCUUGGUCAACCUUUGCAGUUGCUCUUCAUCCUUUUGAUGUCUGCUUCCAAUUCUCGAGGCAGUGUGUUCUUUGGUCUUCCACUUUUCUGUUUCUAUUCAGUAUUUCAAGUUAGUUCUUGCCUCAUGUAUUUCCCGGUCAGUUGCUGCCGCCUUCUUUUUGACUAAUCUUUAUUAAUUUUAAAACAUUCUGUAGAUGUCUUCUGUAAAUCAUUUUAAUCACUAACUGACUACUACCUUACUGAGCGAUCCAUAUCAUUUAUUGUUUCAUCAAUUUCUUGAUGCAAAUAGGUAAAUGACGCUAUUAAGUCGCCAAUGGUUACGUCGUCUGAUGAUAAUGAUGAAUUGAUAGAUAUUUCAGAAUGUUUUGCAACUUACGUAAAUCCAAUAGCUUGUAAUAUAUCACCACGACAUUUGUUAAAUAUACAACAUGCCUUUAAAACAAUGAUUGGAAAAUGUGUUCCGACGUAUUUCAUUGGCCAACAUACAAAAUCUGAUGAAUCUUCAAAUACAACUUCUAAGAACGUGAGAAUUGAAGAUAGAACCUCAAAUGAUCAAAACGAAAAUGGAGGGAUUUUAGUCAUUACUGGAAGUCCUGGAAGUGGAAAAACGAUUCAUCUGGCUGCAUUAGCAAUGUCGCUGGCUACAAGUGAUCAUCAUUCUACUUUGAUGAGCUCGAAAGAUUAUACUCGAUCAACAAGUAUCACACGGAAAUCAAUGUCAAACAGUCAAUCAUUGGCAAAGUAUCAAAUUUUAAUUCAUUUUACAAAUGGUAUACCGAGUACAGGUUUACCAUCAUGUAAACAAUUGUCUAAAGUGCUUGAUCAUUGGAUCAAAUGUCUAGCUGCCCAAUUACAGAGUUUAUUCAGUUCAUCAAAUAUUCUUAAAAUGUUUCUUUCGAAGAUCAAAGUUAAUUUGGAUAGCACAAAUACAGCAAACGAUCACCAUAAUCUGAAAUUGAAAAUGCUUUGUUUUAAUAAAAUGAUAUGGUUUUUGGGUUGCAUACCUGGAUUGAAUUAUGCUUUUCUAAUUGACGAUGUAGACUAUCUUGAUCCGUUGAUAUUAGACGACUGGCUACCAUCGGUCUUACCAAAAAAUGUUCAGUUUAUUUUCACAUGUCAUUCUAAUUCGGAAAUCAUACAAAAAUUAACAUGUCAAUAUAACAAAAACACUUGUUCAGUGUAUCAGAUACCUCAGUUGACUUCCGAAGAAUCUCGUGCUGUUAUAUUAUCUCAUUUACAUAGUAAUGGAGUGUCUUGUGUUCAUUCUCAAUUGGAAUAUGAGAUCGCUUUACUAAUUUCAGCUUGUGAGUCAAAUAAUCCAUCGUAUUUCAAUAUGGUUUGCAAAUAUCUACAAUUAUGUGGAAGUCAUGAUGAGGUGAAAUCUCAUCUGAAAAUGUUAUCUGGCACAAUUGAUCAGUUAAUAGAUGAGAUCAUUAAAAAUCUUGAAGUUGAAUAUAAAAAUGACUUGAUUAUUGCAACACUGGGUUUUUUAAUCUUCUGUCGUCACUCAUUGUCAAGUAAAGAACUUUUAAUUCUACUCAAUGAAUGGCUUUUUACUACACAAAAUAUCAAUGAAAAAUAUGAAAUGAAUUGGGAGAAUAAUCCAUGGAAAAUGCUUUCAGUCAUACAGGAUAAACCGAAUGAUUUAGAAUCUAUAUGUACACUUGAAAGUAACAUUGACAGAUUUAUUCUGUCAAAAUGUACAAACAAUUUGUGUGCUUUAGACAAAUCAAAGCAAUUACAUUUAACUCCAUUUGCAUUUCAUAUUCUUCUCAGUAGAUUACGUCCGUUAAUGAUUAUUUUCAAUAAAUCAUUGCAUUGUUUCAAUAGCACAUCCAAUGGUAGUAAUAAUAAUAAUAGUAAUGUUAUUUCAACUGAAAAGAUGACAUUGAAUGGGAAAAUUGAAUUAUGGAAUUUAGGUGCAGAGAAUUUAUCAUUUCUAAGUCACUCGAUUGAAGAAGUAGUAUUCAAUAAAUUUUUUGAAAAUCAUGGAAAUUAUAUGUACUCAGAGUAUACUUUUAAUGCUACUAUUCACAAAAUAUUGGCUGUUAUUUUGUCAGAUUUGGAUGAUAAACUAUAUCAUUUUUUGUAUGCUGAUGAAUUGGAUAUUAUUUGUCAUUUGCUCACAAGUCCCAUGUUUAUAUGCAGAAUCUUAAGUGAAUAUCCGUCAACAUUGAUGAGAUUUCUCAAUGGAUAUCCUACGACUGAUCGAUGUAUACAAGAAAAGUGGAAAAGGAAACUGGAAUUAUGUCCUUUUAUUGACAAAAUUGAUGCGAUGAAAACGUUUGUUUGUGUAAACUAUGAAUUUUUAGUAAAAUAUCCUAAUUCAUUUUGUGAAUUAGCUAUCAACCAAGAUUCCAGUGAAUGGAUCCAUACGUUAGGCCUCUCAUUGUUGUAUCUUAAUGAUUUUGGUAUAAAAAGGCAAUUAGACAUGAACAAUAGUCAAAUACUCUUCCGUGUAAAUUCACCAAAAUGCACAUUGAUCAAACCUAUGCAGAGGAAUAUGACAUAUAAACCAAUUGUGACUUCAAAUGGUUCCAUGGAUGUGCCAACGUCUGUGGAAAUGAAUCCAACUGCUAAAGUAUUGGUGUAUGGAACUAGGUGUGGUACGAUUACUUUCGUAGAAUUGUCCACUAUGCGUGAACUGUGGUCAUUAACUGGACACCGUUCAAGCGUUCAAAGUUUAUGUUUCCUUGACGGAUUUCCCAGUAAACCUGAAAACAUAAAAUCUCCCGAAAAGUUCAUUUCAGAACUUCGGUUAAUGAGUGCCUCAGAAGAUGGUGAUGUUUAUAUCUGGGAUGCGUCUACCGUGAUUCACAAUGUUGAAUCUAAAGUGCAUGACAAAACAGUGAUUUCACAAUUGGCAUCGUUAUGUGGAUAUCAUCGUCGAUGUGUAACUACUUCUGCAUGGCAUCCUAGACGUCGACUGGUUGCUACCGGUGAUUUAGACUGUAUGGUUUACUUAUGGGAUGUUUCAGAAAUUGGUGUUAAAUCCAGUGAUCUAUCGACAAGUGUCUGUUCUGUAAGGCUUCAUCCAGUUAAGUCAAUAAAUGUAUCCAGUUAUCCGAUUAUUUCAAUUGCAUUCCGAUUGCCAUCUGUUUUAAGCAAUGAACAAGAAGACCUAAUACAUGAUGAUUUGGCUAUUGGGUGUUGGGAUGGUACAAUACAUUUCUACAAUUUAUCUUCCUUAUCUAUCGUGAGGUCGCUAUCUGCAUCAACGUCACUCUGUUCACUCGCCUACUCACCAAAUGGAGGGAAUAUAUUAGCAACGUUUGAUAAAGAUGGUGUAUUAAUGCUGUGGAACGAUGACAUACUUUGGUAUCAAGGUGGUUUAAUACAAGAAUACUCUUGUUUUACAAUUGAAUAUUCCCCAUAUGAUCAAACUGAUGAAUUAAUUCCAAACCAAUAUGGGAAGAUAUGCUUUUCGAAACCAAAUGGUCAGUACAUUUUACAGUCAGGUGGUGGCCAAUUUUUGAAUAAUUACAUUAAUAUAUGGGAUACUGGACUAUGGGGAACCUUUGGUCCAUGGAUUGAUGUAAAACCACCUCAAAUAGGUUCAGGAAAUCCUAUAUGUGUAACUUGUUUGACAAUAUUGCCUACUUACGAACAUGUUUUAAUAGGUUGGAGUAAUGGCGAUCUGACUGUUAUUCGUGUGUUUGACGGUAGAUUAAUUCAUUAUUUGAAAGCAGCAACAGAAGAUAAUUCAUCUAUCCAGUGUAUUACAAGUAGUUGUACAAGAUCUUUUUCAGCAUUUGAUGCAUAUCAUAUUAUUGUUGGUUAUGCAUCUGGCGCUGUACGAAUAUUUCUAUGCAUUUUAAGACCAAAAGUUAGUUCACACAAAGAUCGUUAUGUGUAUCAGUCGGCAAAUGCCAUGUCAGAGCUUCAUUUCCAACUCAUUGAUACUUUAUGGUCACAUUGUAUAAAUCAUAAUGUGAAUGGUGGAGUGCCGGAAAAUGAAGGGACAUUAUGUGUUGCAAGUGACUUCUGUGUAGCUGUUACUGGAGGUGGGAAUGCUGAGACAUGGGUUCAUUUUAUUGGUCGACAAACUGGUAGUAAAAUUAAGAAGUCUGUUUGCCUGAAAGAACACAAUUCUGCAGUAAUCGCUGUUAGUAUGGAUAGCAAAUUUUUUGCGACAGCUUCUAAAAGCAGACAACUGGCGUUGUAUAAAUUCGAUCCAUUAGAACGAACUGUAACCUUAUGGCAUUUAAUCGAUGAUGUUGGAACGGCUACAAUCACUUCUUUCUACUUAUUACGUAUGUUCCUUGGUGUGGACACAAUCAGUAUAUCGGUGUAUAUUGGUGAUAGUAAUAGUCUACUGCAUAAUUACGCAAUAAUUGAUAAAAAGUUCGAAUUGAAACAAACAUUUGAUGCAAAUAAAUCUCCUAUAAAAUUUAUGGAACGUGUUUCGAAUCAUUUGUUAGCUGCUUCGGAUGAUGGUGAAGUUAGCGUCUGGAAGCAUGAUAAACAUGGUGCUCUGCAAUUCUCCCACCGUCUCAAUGUCUGCACAGAUAUGCCGUCAAAGAAUAAUAGUGAUAAUAGCACUUUGGAAGAAUCAUAUUAUUUGACCAGCUUUUUCAUGUUCUUCGUUGGUUAUGAUUCCUUGAAAUUUGAACGAAAACUAUGCAGUCCAACUAUUGAAACGAUCGACAAAUUGAUGUUAUCCAAUGCUGAUAACCAACAUACUGAAUCUGGUGAUGAGUUGAAGGAUCCGGAUUCUGAAGUUACUUCACUUAGUGGAUGUUGCAUGUCAAACAGUAAUAGUUAUGUAACAGGUUCUGAUCAAAAAAUUUAUGAAUGUGGUUACAAAAUACAUAUUGAUAUUGAAGAGGAAAAUAAAACAUAUUUUAUUGCUACUGAUUAUCUAAAAGAUGAACAAUUUCAUUUGUUGAAUUCAUGUAAAAAAGGAUACAUAGUUUAUCGAGAUACAUCAUAUGGUGCAACGUAUCGUUUAUUAUAUGGUGUUAGAUUAUCAUGCAAUAAAUCAUCUGAUUGCUCACAAGUUAUUCAGGAUUUUCGUUAUCGAAUAUUUGCACCAUUCAUUCUACAAUAUCGUGGUACAUUGAAAGGACACUCAGGUCUUGUUCCAUGUACACUGACCUCUGGAUGUACCACUAAUAGUGAUGAAGAUUGUAUAGUUGCCAGUGCAUCUGGUCGAACUGUGUGUGAUGUCGGUUGUGAUAUUCGUCUUUGGAGUAUACCUUCGAAAAGGAAACUAUUGAAUUAUCAACCAAAUCAACAUUUUGGACCGAUCACAUGUUUGGGCCAAUUAAAAAUUACAGAUCACUACAGUAUCUGUAUAUCAGGUUGUAUGGAUGGGAGUGUAAUGUUUUGGUCACUUAAGAAUUCCGAGCCGUUGGAUCUUAAACAUGUGUCAGUUGCAGACUUGACAAAUAACAAGUCUAUAAAAUGGAAACCGUUAUUACAUGGAUUUUGUUCAGCGUUACGACCAAAAUAUGCAAUAUCCGAUAUUGCUACACAAACUUAUGUAAUGGAUGAAUCGAAACGAACAGUGCAAUAUUUGAUUUAUAUUGCUUACGGUGAAAACUUAUGGAGAAUGCGAAUUAUAUUGGAUCAGUCGAAUAUGUCUAUGAAUGAUGUACAAAAUACUUUUGAACGAUUGUUCUCUAUGAAUGGGAAAACAGAACUCCAUUUUGCAGAAUUAGAUGUAUUCUGGUCAUCUGAAUUAGAUAUUCCUUGUUCUGAUAUUGCUAGCUUCACUGCAAGUCAUCCUAUUGUAAAAAUAUCUCCACGUUAUGCUAAACCUAAUGAAUUGGAACAAUGUGAAGUUAUUGCUGUCCUCGUCAAUGGUGAUGUAAUUGUUUUGACGACUAAUGAACAUGAAAAGUUUUCAUUUGAUCAAUGUAUUGUAGAAAAUGGUUUAUGGUGCUCAUCUAUAGGUACGAAUGUUGUUGGAGUUUUCACCACACGUUCAGGCAUGGCUUUUAUAUGUAGACACACUGAUGAAAGUCGUACAUUUCACCGUAUUUCUGGAUACAUGGGAUCAUGUGAAAAAGAAAUGUGGAUAAAUACAUUGAGUGUUUUAUCUACCGUACAAGAAGAAGGCAGUCAUUUAUUGUAUUUGGCUGAAUGUCAUCUUAUCAAUUGUUGGAAAAUUCUCAUUUGUAAUGAAAAUGGUGAUUUGGUGACAGAUUUUACACUUGAUAAUUCAUCAAUAAAAGUUACUGGAUAUUGUGCGAAGUUACUAUCACCAACUGAAGACAAUAGUUCAACAUUGAUCUAUCUUAUAAUUGCAACAUCAGAUAAUAUUUUACGUGUUCUAGGAUGUGCAAUAAACAAUCCAAUCACAGUGGUGAAUUCAAAACAGUGGAAAGAGGUUGCUAUGUAUCCAGUUGAGACAGAAAUCACUCAACUUUAUACUCUUGAUGGUGAUAGUCAAUUGAAAAUUCUUGCCGGUGAUAGACAAGGACAAAUUCAUUGUUUUAUAUUAUUGUGAUAUGUACACAUACAUGCAGAUAGAGUCUGUAUGUUGUAAAACUGUUUUAUUUCUUUUGGAAAAACGUCUUCCUGUUAAUUUUGCUUUUUAUAUUUUAACAUCGAGCUAACUUCUUUCUUUCACAAUUAUUUCCUUAAUAAUAUGUGCAAAUGAAUAAUCAUGAGAUGGGAUUGUCUAAUGUCAUUUAUGGUGAUCAUUUAUUAUUAUAACCAGAUUGAAAACAUGUUAACCUGUUCUUUUAAAAUGUAUUUAUUUCAUAAAAUGCUUUGUUCAUUGAGUAGUGGGUAGUGAAUUUCAAUCAGUCGAUAUGUUUCUUAACCUAUUUCGUUUAAGUGAUCGUUGGAUUAUGAUGGAGUGCAUUCUAAUCUUUUAGAAUUUCAAAAGAUAGACAAAUAGAACUGAAAGAUCUGUAUUGCACAUAAACUCGAUAUUCUAAUCAGUGAAGUGUUUUGUUUACCAUUAUCUUAAACAUUCACAAUAGACUACUAGAGAGAAAGAGAGAGUUUGUGGAUAUCAAAGUAAUUGAAUAUUGUGCUUAUUUUCUGGACUAAGUAAUAAUCAGUUCACUUUCAGAGAACAUAUCGACAAUUGUGUAGGAUGUGAUCAUCUUUGUCCCAAACUCAUUUUCUACCUAGUUAAAUAAACUAGAGCGACAUACAAACAAGGAGAGGUUACAUGGUGAGGCACAGUUGUGUAGAGAUGAAUUGACUUUUGAAAUAAUUCAGCAGAACAAGACAGAUGCUUGUUUUGAUGCAGUAGUAAUUUGUGAUAGGCGAUCAACGUUCAUGAAUGUGUAUAAUUUUCAGAUGAUUUCAUUUGCUAUCAUAAACCAAAUCACAAACCAACUAUGAUAGAUGUUCGAUUGUUAGAACUGCGUAAGCUACAUUAAUUAAAAUUAAAGACAGAUAUGCCUUCGAAAUACAGACUGAAUCAUAUCCUAAGGAUCAGUAAAAUUUCCGUAUGAAUUUUCUUUACUUUCCCAAAAAUAGUGAUACUGAGUAGAAAAAUGUAGUUAUUGUCACAUCCUCUAGUUGACUACGGCAGAAUACGACGUGUAGAACGCUACAAUCGCAAAUCAAAAGACGGAAGAAGCAAGGAAAGUGAUUAUUAGGUAAGACACAAAAAUGUACAGAAAGACAUGGGCAUUUAUGAUUAUUAGUAUUGGCUAUAACAUUAUUAUAAUCCGGCCAACCCGCACGAAGGCGAGCUAUGCAACUGUCCAAAGGCAGCGUGCCACGUUGACAUUACAAAAGGCUCUAUCAGGUUAUUCGGUUCCUUUCGAGACUCUGGAGGGUUCAUCGUGUUUCUCGAAGCGAUCCUAACAGUUAUCACCAUGUACGAUAAUGUCAUUUAAUAACCCAGUAAAAUACAAGUAUUUCAUCACAUAAAAAACACCGUAUUUGGUGCUCUAUCAAAACCAGAAGAUUUGUAAGUGCUACUGAGCCGACGGUUUAAUGAUGCUAAAAUAUGCUCAUAAUCUGACAUCUUACACAAGACACACUUAUGUUGAACGAAGUCAUGAAGUGCAUAUGUGAACUGAUAAGAUGUAGGCAGGUCGAACACGUUACAUCAAAGGUUUAUCGUAGCACAAAUUAUCUUAAGUUUUCUGUUGAACACAGACGAGCGAAAUAGACUAUAAAUGAAGAACAUGUAUCUGAAGGAAAAUCAAAUGACAGACGGUGACCACUUCAACUAACCACUAAAACCAAGGACAAAAUACAUGGCUCUUAGGUGAUGUGUCGUAUUAUGUGGUGGAUUAGUUCAAAAUGGGAAUUUUGAACAGCAUCCACGAUAUCUGCGAUUCACCUAUUUUCCAUACAGAUACAUCUGUUGUUUAUGCCUGAUCAUUUAUACACACUACUACAACCGUUUAUUUCCAUUAAGAUAUUAGGCGAAACAACAGAUCAAACCAUCAACUUAAUUGGAUACAUAAACAUGUACAAACUAAGAAUUUCUGAAUCAGUCAGAACUAGAUGAGCACAAAUGAAUGUACUAUAUUUGCAAUUCGUAACCAGUGCGCAAUCAAGUACGGAGGAAUCAUCAGUUAGUACAAUUACCACAGCUACACAACCGAGCAACUCCUACACUUCACCGACCCUACCCAGUGGUG